CCAACUUUUCUGAUUCGCUUUCUUACUUUGCGAAAUCCCACGACAUCUUCAAUUUCCUCAUUCCUUUCUUUCGACAACACCAUCCGAAAGACAAUUGAGUCGUCGCAACUAUGGCGCCUUUGUCUUACUCUAAGACCGCAAAGGUCCCCCGUCGUCCCUUCGAGGCCGCCCGUCUUGAUUCCGAGUUGAAGCUCGUUGGAGAGUAUGGUCUACGAAACAAGCGUGAGGUCUGGCGUGUCCAGCUUACCCUCUCCAAGAUUCGUCGUGCUGCCCGUCAGCUUCUUACCCUAGACGAGAAGGACCCCAAGCGUCUCUUCGAGGGAAACGCUCUCAUUCGCCGUCUCGUCCGUGUCGGUGUGCUCGAUGAGUCCCGCAUGAAGCUCGAUUACGUUCUUGCCCUUAAGGUCGAGGAUUUCUUGGAGCGCCGCCUCCAGACCUGUGUCUACAAGCUCGGCCUCGCCAAGUCCAUCCACCACGCCCGUGUCCUCAUCCGUCAGCGACACAUCCGCGUCGGCAAGCAGAUCGUCACCGUUCCGUCUUUCAUCGUCCGUCUCGACUCCCAGAAGCACAUCGACUUCUCUCUGACCUCGCCCUUUGGUGGCGGGCGCCCUGGCCGUGUUCGCAGAAAGAAGGCUAAGGCUGCCGAGAAGGGUGGCGAUGACGAGGAGGAGGAAGAGGAAGAGUAAAUGUAACGCCUUCCAUGAAAUCAUGUGGAUUAUUCGGCGGUGGGAAAAACUGAUUACAUUAUGGCGGUAUGAAACAAGAUCAUACCUCACGGCGUUAGGCCAGGGGAUUCGGAAUGCAUGAAGAAAUUUCACCACCGUUUAAUAA